AUGGAAAAAAAGCAUAGUGCGCAAAGGGCCGCUGCUGGAGGUCACCAAGGCGCAUCUGGAGCUGGCGCCAGACGCGACAGCGCGCAGGCCGCCAGCCGAAUGCGGAGUGCUGCAAGACCACCUAGCAGCCCCCCGCAUCCAUCAUCCCCACCAGAAGGCUUGAUGUCGGCUGGGUCUUCUCGGACUCAGCAAGCAGCAUCCGACGCUGGUGGAGCACUUCGCAUGCGUUGGUCACAAUUAAUGAACACAAACGCACUGCGGGCGUACUUUAGGGCAAAAGGGGGAAGAAACUGGAUGUUUGGCGUAUCGGGCUCGGAUGCAUCGCUUUUUUGCAGAGCUGGAACCAUCUCUAUCCGUCACUGA